CGAUGUAGGGGUGCUGUUCUUGUGAGUCUGGGGCCUGGCCACAGAGGCUGCUGGCGCGAGGCGGAGUCACUUAAAGACUCUGAGGGCUCCUCCGGCAUUCCCAGAGCCACAGUCAGGGAAACCGAGGCCGGGAUACCGAAAGAACGAGGGCGGGGCUCACUGUCUGCCCCGCGGGCCUUCUCAUGGCCCUCGCCACCUCUCUGAGGGUGCGUAGGAUGGUCUGUAGUCUCAGGAGUGGUUCUCAGUGACAGCAAUAGGAGCCACCAUUGAUUCUGCGUCUGCUGGGUACACAGCCUGUCGCUAACCCUUUCCUCUCGUCCUUUCACUCACCUUCACAAUAGCUCUGCGAGGAGAUUUGUGGAUGGGCCUCUGCCAGUGAUGGGAAGUGAUACUUUGUGGUGGUGCUGAAUCUCUCUGAAUAUGAUUCGAAUUGCAGCCUUAAAUGCUAGCUCCACAGUUGAGGACGAUCAUGAAGGAAGCUUUAAAAGUCACAAAACCCAGACAAAGGAGGCUCAGGAAGCAGAGGCUUUUGCGUUAUACCACAAAGCUCUGGAUCUGCAGAAACAUGACCGGUUUGAGGAGUCUGCCAAAGCCUACCAUGAGCUCCUGGAGGCACGCCUGCUGCGGGAGGCAGUUUCAUCUGGUGAUGAGAAAGAAGGAUUGAAACACCCUGGGCUGAUAUUGAAAUAUUCCACGUAUAAGAACCUGGCCCAGUUGGCAGCCCAACGAGAGGAUCUGGAGACAGCCAUGGAGUUCUACUUGGAGGCAGUGAUGUUGGACUCAACAGAUGUCAACCUCUGGUAUAAAAUUGGACAUGUGGCCUUGAGACUCAUCCGGCUCCCCCUGGCUCGUCAUGCUUUUGAGGAAGGGCUGCGGUGCAAUCCUGACCACUGGCCUUGCUUGGACAAUCUCAUCACUGUCCUGUACACCCUCAGUGAUUACACAACAUGUCUGUACUUUAUUUGCAAAGCACUGGAGAAGGAUUGCAGGUACAGCAAAGGGCUGGUUCUCAAGGAGAAGAUCUUCGAGGAGCAGCCUUGUCUCCGGAAGGACUCGCUCAGAAUGUUCCUCAAAUGUGACAUGUCAAUUCAUGAUGUGUCUGUGAGUGCUGCUGAGACAAAGGCCAUCGUAGAUGAGGCCCUGGGACUUCGGAAAAAGAGGCAAGCACUGAUUGUGCGGGAGAAGGAGCCAGACCUGAAACUGGUGCAGCCAAUCCCGUUCUUCACGUGGAAGUGCCUGGGAGAAAGCUUGCUGGCUAUGUACAACCACCUCACCACCUGUGAGCCUCCACGACCCAGCCUUGGCAAGAGAAUUGACCUGUCUGACUACCAGGACCCCAGCCUGCUGCUAGCAUCCUCCAUGGUGGUGACACCUGUCAGUGUGAUCCAGCCAAGCCCUGUCAAUACCAACCCAGCGAUAGCUGUGGUUGAGCCUGUGCUCUCGUAUACCUCUGUGGCAACAGCCAACUUCCCACUGCACAGUCCCAGCUUGCUGGAUACAGGCGCUACUGUGGGUGAUGUUUCUGGGGGAGAUAAAUCCAAGAAAGGGGUAAAGCGAAAGAAGAUUUCAGAAGAGAGUGGAGAGACAGCAAAGCGGAGAUCUGCCCGUGUCCGAAACACCAAGUGUAAAAAAGAAGAGAAAGUGGACUUCCAGGAGCUUCUGGUGAAGUUCUUGCCAUCCAGGUUAAGAAAGCUGGACCCCGAAGAGGAAGAUGAUCCCUUUAAUAACUAUGAAGUUCAAUCAGAAACCAAACUGGAAAGCUUCUCAAGCAUGGGACCUCAUCGACUGUCCUUUGACUCAGCCACGUUCAUGGAAUCUGAGAAGCAGGAUGUACAUGAGUUCCUGCUGGAGAACCUGACCAAUGGGGGCAUUCUGGAGUUGAUGAUGCGCUACCUAAAGGGCAUGGGCCACAAGUUCCUGCUGAGAUGGCCACCAGGUCUGGCAGAGGUUGUGCUCAGCGUCUACCACAGCUGGAGGAGGCACAGCACCAGCCUGCCCAACCCACUGCUGAGAGACUGCAGCAACAAGCACAUCAAGGAUAUGAUGCUAAUGUCUCUUUCCUGCAUGGAGCUCCAACUGGACCAGUGGCUAUUGACUAAAGGCAGAAGCUCUGCAGUGUCUCCUCGUAACUGCCCUGCUGGUAUGGUGAAUGGCAGAUUUGGGCCUGACUUCCCAGGAACCCACUGCCUGGGUGACCUCCUACAGUUGUCAUUUGCCUCAUCCCAGCGUGACCUGUUUGAAGAUGAAUGGUUGGAGUUUGUGGUCCGUGUUUACUGGCUGAAGGCUCGUUUCUUGGCACUGCAGGGAGACAUGGAGCAGGCUCUGGAGAAUUAUGACAUCUGCACAGAAAUGCUCCAGAGUUCCAUUGCCAUCCAAGCAAAGGCAGGGACUGAGCAAAGAGACAUUGUCAUCCGACUGCCCAACCUCCACAAUGACUCCAUCGUUUCCCUGGAGGAGAUUGAUAAGAACCUGAAGUCACUGGAACGGUGCCAGUCCCUGGAGGAGAUUCAGCGACUUUAUGAGGCAGGUGACUACAAGGCUGUUGUACAUCUGCUCCGCCCCACUCUGUGCACCAGUGGGUUUGACCGGGCCAAACACCUAGAAUUUAUGACUUCCAUUCCUGAGAGGCCAGCCCAGUUGCUUCUGCUACAGGACUCCUUGCUUCGGCUGAAGGACCACCAGCAGUGUUUUGAAUGCUCUGAUGUGGCUCUUAAUGAGGCUGUCCAACAGAUGGUGAACUCAAGUGAGGCUGCAGCCAAGGAGGAGUGGGUGGCCACAGUAACCCAGCUGCUGCUGGGCAUUGAGCAGGCACUCUCUGCAGACGGCAGUGGCAGCAUCCUGAAGGAAUCAUCCUCCACCACUGGCCUUGUCCGGCUCACUAACAACCUCAUCCAGGUCAUCGACUGCAGUAUGGCUGUGCAGGAAGAGCCCAAGGAGCCCCAUGUCUCCUCAGUGCUACCCUGGAUCAUCCUGCACAGGAUCAUCUGGCAGGAGGAGGAUACCUUCCGUUCCCUCUGCCACCAGCAGCAGCUUCAGAACCCAGUAGAGGAAGGAAUGUCAGAGACACCCAUGCUCCCCUCUUCCCUUAUGCUGCUCAACACAGCCCAUGAAUACUUGGGAAGAAGGUCCUGGUGCUGCAAUUCAGAUGGGGCUCUGCUACGAUUCUAUGUGCGAGUUCUCCAAAAGGAACUUGCUGCCUCCACUUCUGAAGACACACACCCCUAUAAGGAGGAACUGGAGACGGCCUUGGAGCAGUGUUUCUACUGCCUGUAUAGCUUUCCCAGCAAGAAGAGCAAGGCCAGGUACCUAGAGGAGCACUCAGUCCAGCAGGUGGAUCUUAUAUGGGAGGAUGCCCUGUUUAUGUUUGAGUAUUUUAAGCCUAAGACCCUUCCUGAGUUUGACAGCUACAAGACCAGCACUGUGUCUGCUGACUUGGCCAACCUCCUGAAAAGAAUUGCUACCAUUGUGCCGCGUACAGAGAGACCAGCACUGAGCCUGGACAAAGUCUCCGCUUACAUUGAAGGGACCUCAUCUGAGGUACCCUGCCUCCCAGAAGGGGCUGACCCUUCUCCUCCAGUAGUAAAUGAACUCUACUACCUCCUGGCUGAUUAUCAUUUCAAAAACAAGGAGCAGUCAAAAGCCAUCAAAUUCUACAUGCAUGACAUCUGCAUCUGCCCUAACAGGUUUGAUUCCUGGGCAGGCAUGGCUCUGGCUCGGGCUAGUCGCAUUCAGGAUAAACUGAACUCCAAUGAGCUGAAGAGUGAUGGACCAAUCUGGAAACAUGCCACACCUGUCCUGAACUGCUUCCGACGGGCUCUGGAAAUCGACAGCUCUAACCUAUCUCUGUGGAUUGAGUAUGGCACCAUGUCCUAUGCCUUGCACUCAUUUGCUUCACGCCAGCUGAAGCAGUGGAGAGCGGAGCUACCCCCUGAGCUUGUGCAGCAGAUGGAGGGCCGGCGGGACAGCAUGCUGGAGACAGCCAGGCACUGUUUCACAUCGGCAGCUCACUGUGAGGGCGAUGGUGAUGAGGAGGAAUGGCUCAUCCACUAUAUGCUAGGCAAGGUGGCUGAGAAGCAACAGCAACCGCCAGCCGUCUACCUGCUACACUACAGGCAGGCUAGCCACUACCUGCACGAGGAGGCCGCCCGCUACCCCAAGAAGAUCCACUACCACAACCCACCUGAGCUGGCCAUGGAGGCCCUGGAGGUGUACUUCCGGCUCCAUGCUUCCAUCCUGAAGCUCCUGGGAAAACCUGAUUCUGGGGUUGGUGCAGAGGUCCUGGUCAACUUUAUGAAGGAAGCUGCAGAAGGACCCUUUGCCAGGGGUGAGGAGAAGAAUACGCCUAAAGCUUCAGAGAAGGAGAAGGCCUGCCUGGUGGAUGAGGACUCCCACUCUUCAGCUGGGACACUGCCGGGCCCCGGAGCCUCCCUCCCCUCCUCUGGCCCAGGUCUGACAUCCCCACCUUACACAGCCACUCCGAUUGACCACGAUUACGUCAAAUGUAAAAAACCCCACCAGCAGGCGACGCCGGACGACCGAAGCCAGGACAGCACAGCCGUGGCGCUCUCAGACUCCAGCUCAACGCAGGACUUCUUUAACGAGCCCACCAGCUCACUGGAAGGCUCCCGGAAGCCCUAUGCUGAGAAGAGGUUGCCUAUGCUCAAUGCCCAAACAGGACCAACUGGUAAAGAUCUUCAGGGGGCCACAGAUGAAAGAGGAAAGAUUGAGGAGUCCUUGGAGAGCACAGAAGGCUUCCGGGCUGCAGAACAUGGAGUCCAGAAACCUGCUGCAGACCCCCUGGCCUCUGUUUGUAUCCCUGUCAAGACCCCAGUGUCCACACCGGCUUUGUGGGAUGGGAAGAAGAGGAGUGAACCUCCAGGGGAGCCAGUGACCUUCCCCCAGGGGCUCCCAGCUGAUGCUGAAGAGCAGCGCCAGUUCCUCACAGAGCAGUGCAUCGCUUCCUUCCGCCUGUGCCUGAGCCGCUUUCCCCAGCACUAUAAGAGUCUCUAUCGACUGGCCUUCCUCUAUACCUACAGCAAGACCCACCGGAACCUCCAGUGGGCCCGAGACGUGUUGCUAGGCAGCAGUAUCCCAUGGCAACAACUGCAGCACAUGCCGGCACAGGGGCUCUUCUGUGAGAGGAACAAGACCAAUUUCUUCAAUGGCAUCUGGCGGAUCCCUGUGGAUGAGAUUGACCGGCCGGGCAGCUUCGCCUGGCACAUGAACCGCUCCAUCGUGCUGCUGCUCAAGGUGCUGGCCCAGCUCCGGGACCAUAGCACCCUGCUGAAGGUGUCCUCCAUGCUGCAGCGGACCCCAGACCAGGGCAAGAAGUAUCUACGAGAUGCAGACCGCCAGGUUCUGGCACAGCGGGCCUUCAUUCUCACUGUGAAGGUGCUGGAGGACACACUGAGUGAGCUCUCAGAGGGGUCAGAACACCCAGGACCCAAGACCUGUAGCCUCCCUGGACCCAGGAUGACCACUGAUGUCUCACACAAGGCCAGUCCUGAAGAUGGCCAGGAGAGCCUCCCCCACUCUAAGAAGCCCCCUUUGGCUGAGGGCUCAGGACCAGGGCCUGAGCCAGGGUGCAAAGUGGGCCCAGUCAAUCACCAACCCAUGGCCAUGGACUCAGGAGACAGUGCAGACCAGGGUGAGGAACCGAAGGACAAGGAGAGUCCCAGGGCAGGGCCCACUGAGCCUAUGGACACAGGUGAGGCUGCUGUUCAUCGCCCAGACUUGGAGCAGACACCACCUCUCCUGCCAGGCCACCCCCUAAGGGACCGGGGUCCUGAGAGCAGGCCCACCGAGCUGUCCCUGGAGGAACUAAGCAUCAGUGCCAGGCAGCAGCCCUCUGCAUUCGUACCAGCCCCACCAGUCUCUACCACCAGUUCUGCCCCAGCCACUGCCACAGGGGCCAGGGGGGUCAGCCACCCUGAGGAGCCACCCCCACGGCCCAGUCGCAAGAGGAAGCUUCUGGAGGAUACUGAGUCUGGCAAGACACUCCUGCUGGAUGCCUACCGUGUGUGGCAGCAGGGCCAGAAGGGAGUGGCCUAUGACCUGGGCCGCAUUGAAAGGAUCAUGUCAGAGACCUACAUGCUCAUCAAGCAGGUAGAUGAGGAGGCUGCACUGGAGCAAGCUGUGAAGUUCUGUCAAGUCCACCUUGGGGCUGCUGCCCAGAGACAGACCUCAGGGGAUAUGCCUACCACCCCCAAGCACCCUAAGGACAGCCGAGAGAACUUCUUCCCUGUGGUGGUGGGUCCCACACCACCUGACCCUGUGCCAGCUGAUGCACUCCAGCGACCCAGUGAUACCCAAGCCAAACCUCGCCCUGCACUGGCUGCUGCCACAGCUAUCAUCAGCUGCCCUGCCUCAGUAUCAGCCUCUACUCCAGAUUCAUCCAAGGACCCUGGACCCCCCCAACCACACAGAGCCGAAGCCCCCUCCAAUAUGACCUCUUUGGGCCCAGAGGGAGAAGAGCUGGCAGGAGUGGCAGAGAGCACUGGCUUCCCACCUCAGCAGCCACGAUGCAGUCAACAGGUGAAGAUGGCCCCUACAGGUCCCCCGGUAGAGCCACACUGCUGGCCAACAGAGGCUGCCCCUCAGACAGGGGCAGAGCCCUCCUGCAGCCAAGCUGCCACCUCCAAGGUCCCCAGCAGUGGGAAUACUCAGCCACCCGAGGGCCAUCCAAGCAAGACCGAGCCCAUCCGGGCCAAGUCCCGCCUCCUGCCCAACAUGCCAAAGCUGGUGAUCCCCUCGGCCACCACCAAGUUUCCCCCCGAGAUCACCGUCACACCACCCACCCCGACCCUGCUCUCCCCCAAAGGCAGCAUCUCGGAGGAGACCAAACAGAAGCUAAAGUCAGCCAUCCUAUCUGCCCAGUCGGCUGCCAAUGUGAGGAAGGAGAACCUGUGUCAGCCAGCCCUGGAAGUUCUGGAGACAUCCAGCCAGGAAUCUUCACUAGAGAGCGAGACAGAUGAGGAUGAUGACUACAUGGACAUCUGAGGAGGGCCUGCGGGAGCCCCACAACCACACCCCAGGGGACAGGAUGAGCCUGGAAUGCCCCUUUGACCCAGGCCCUGAACAAGGCCAGGGGCCUAAGUGGGUACUAUUUCUCAUGCAUUCUCCCAGGCCCACCAGCCCUGUCUUCACAGCAAUUUUGCUGUCCACAGAUUGGGCUGUCCACACCCACAGUGUGGGGGCCCAGAGGAGGAAGAGGCCCGGCUUAGCCCUGUAAGGAUGGAUUGGUCAAGCCCUUUAAGGAUGGAUUGGUCAUGUCUGUGCAAUAGGACCAGCAUCACUUUCUAUGAAAUGUUGACUUUGUAAACAUGCUCACACCCAGCCCAGCAGGCCGUUAUCUACAACCUGACCCCAGGACAAACUUGGCCCUGCCUAGAUCCCAAUGGAACCUGGGACCAGGCUUGCCCCACACCUUUUUUUUUGUUUUUGUUUUUGUUUUUUAUUUUGUUUUGUUUUGGUUUGGUUUGGUUUCUUUUCUAAUAAAGAUGGAACAAUGGUCUUUA